AUGAAAGGCGGUAAUCAGGAUCGGUCAUCCGAAGGCCGAGAAACCAGUCGAGAGAGGCCAAUAGGCAUCAUCGGAGCGAGCAGGGGGACGGGGCUGCAAUGUGUUCUCUAUGCUGCCAAGCUGAAGAUCCACUGCCGUGCAAUCGUGCGAAACCCUCAGGAGAGUGAGGAGCUCGUGAACUCGUACCUCCCUGUCUCGUUCCGUCAGUAUGUGCAGUACUGCAAGGCGGAUGUGACGAGCCCCAAGACGCUAUCCAAGGCCGUGAACGGCUGCAGGCGAGCAGGUGGACGGGGUUUGAUCUUUGCGGCCACGGCAACAGCCGGCUGGCGCCUUCCUAUUUACGACAACAAGGAUACUCCUCCGCACAUCGACUUCGAAGGAAGCGUUGCGGCCGCCACAGCAGCAGCAGCUGAGGGCGUCGCCAGGUUCGUUCUGAUCUCGAGCCUCGCUAUCACCCGCCCAUCUCACCCGAUGCAUCUGGCAAGAAACAGCCUGAUGGGUAGGAUCAUGGAUUGGAAGCUUCUUGGGGAGCAGGGGGUGUCGAAAGUGUACGAGGCGGUCUCAAAGAGCAGCACAAACAAGAUGUCCUACACUAUCGUCCGACCAGGUUAUCUUAACGACGACCCUCCCGGUGGGCCCACCACCUUGCUCGUUGACACGGGAGACAAUCUUUCCGGGUCGAUCUCAAGAGCGGACCUUGCUGCCUUGUGCGUCGAGGCUAUCUUCAGGCCGGAUGCUCACAACCUCACUCUCGAGGUGGUCAACGGCAAGCAAGGCGGAAACUAUCCUGUCUGCAACAGUUAUGAUCAGCUGCUCCAUGUGAUGCAGAAGUUUAUGUGA